UUUGCCUUGUUCUCUGCACUCGUUCUAUCUUGCGUGUCGUUUAUCAGUGCACAAGAGCAGAUCCCCCUCGGCUCUACAGAUAUGCCUGAUGUUUACACACCGCUGACGAACGAGAAGCCCACGCUCGCGGACUUGCUCACAAUCGAGCCGUCUGCGUCGAUUUUCUAUUCUUACGCGCGCGAAGUCGAGCUUAGCAAGGGCUUCGCUGAUAACGAUUCGCGACUGACCCUGCUUGUGCCGACCAAUAAGGCUGUCAUGGCCCUGACCCGCAAGCCGCACCAGGGCGCUGCGCCACCCGAGGACACCGGCGUUGUCAUCACGGACGAAGAGCUCGACGCACGGUCUAAGGAGAACGUCGUGCGCUGGGUUUCGGCACACAUUAUCCCCGAACAUCCCCUUGUGCUAUCUCCCGGUGCCCAUCCCACGUUGCUCGACGGGAAGUCUGUGACCUUCAGGGAGGCCGCUGGCCAACCAGAGUCGCCAGAGUGGGCGCAUGUCAUUCUAGACGAUGAUACGCACAUCAUCGCUGCCAAGCAGGCAGCAAAUGGCGUCGUCUACAUGAUUGAUGAUACUGUCAAACUGAACUAAUCUUUGCCGCUGUGCCUUUCCGUGAUCUGUACGACUUCCUUCCUUGUAUUGCUUAGCGUAUCUUUUCUCUACAGCCAUUCACUAAUACCGUCCAAUCCUGUAUCAGAUAGUUUCCACCGAAGCGUGCACUGUUCGCCCGAUGCCUGUAACCCCUCCAAGUCGUCUCAUGCUAUUGAAGCCAUAU